GCGGUGGGAGCACAUCGGAGCGGGUUAUCAUGCGCAACGGGAGCUCCGCGCACCUCAGCGCGCUGGAAGCCUCUUCUCUCCGGGAGCGCAGGAGGUGAUGCGGGAUCUGUCUUCGGAGAGGAUGGCGGAGCUUUGGAACCUUAGCGCCACGUCCUCGUGGAACCGGUCCACUGCAGAUCAGAACCGGUUCAGCAGCCUGGAUGACAUCGACGUGCCGGCGGACGGCUCCCCAACUCUGCGCAUCCUCAUCUCUAUCGUGUACUCAGUGGUGUGCGCCGCCGGGCUACUGGGAAACCUGCUGGUAUUCUUCCUGAUGAAGGCGCGCCGCGGGAGGAAGAAGCGUUCCAGCAUCAACCUGUUCAUCCUCAAUCUGGCCGUGACGGAUUUCCAGUUCGUGCUGACUCUGCCGUUCUGGGCGGUGGACACGGCUCUGGACUUCAGCUGGCCGUUUGGAAACGCCAUGUGCAAGAUUGUCCUCUCGGUGACGGUGAUGAACAUGUACGCAAGCGUGUUCUUCCUCACCGCUAUGAGCGUCACCCGGUAUUGGUCGGUGGCCUCGGCUCUGAAGGACCGGACCCGGCGCAGGGUGUGCCCGGUGCGCUGGGUAAUCGUGGCACUCUGGCUCUCCGCUGUCCUCGCGUCUCUGCCCACCAUGAUCUUCUCCACGGUGAAGAGCGUGGCCGGGGAGCGGCUGUGCCUGCUCGCCUUUCCGGACGGCCAGUCGUGGUUGGCGCUGCACCACCUGCAGAAGAUCUUGGUUGCCUUCGUGUUCCCCAUGCUGAUCGUCACCCUGUGCUACCUGCUGCUGCUGCGCUUCGUCCGCCUGCGGAGCAUGAACAACAACCAGGUGAAGCGCAGGUCCAGAGUCACGCGCUCCGUCACCAUCGUGGUCCUCUCCUUUUUCAUCUGCUGGAUGCCGAACCACGCCAUCACCUUCUGGGGCGUGUUGGUAAAGUUUAACGUGGUGAACUGGGACAAGACGUUCUACAUGGUGCACACCUACAUCCACCCGGUGACCGUGUGCCUGGCGCACACCAACAGCUGCCUGAACCCGGUGCUUUACUGCCUCAUGCGCAGGGAGUUCAGGAAGAAGAUGAAGGAUCUAUUCUGGAGGAUCUCUUCUCCCUCCGGUGCGAACACCUGCCACUUGCGUCCGUUCUCCGGCACGGUGAGAGCCGAGGCAGAUGACACGCAGAUCGCCAUCCCGCUGAACAACGUGGAGACGGAAAACUGCAGGCUGUCGGUUUUAACAGACCAGUGCGGCACGGACGCGCUGCAGAAGUGAAACAAACUUUGAGAGAAAAAGACAAAUCCUGCCUACUUCAGCGUGUGAAUGAUGUCGGGCUGAUUUCAGCCACAGACGGAGCGAGAAUGACUCCAGUUUUUAUGGAAUAUGUUGCUGUUUUGUCUCAAAUUAAGUUAUUUAUAUAAACGAUGAAAUGUGGGCUCAGUAUUUUUGCAGAUGUGUAAAAAACGGUAGAAGAGCUGCUUAUGGUACUUAAGAUGUUUUCUGACUUUGCAUCAAAGGGAUUUAUAAAUUCUCACUGUUUAAGGGUGUGAACAAACUGAACCAGAACUGUGCGUAAAUUACGCGGGGGUAAGAUGUAGUGCGUAAAAGCACUCUGAGCGUUUUUCUGUCCUUCUGUUUCUUCUCCACCUGAGUCCUUAAUGUAGGUCUCGCAGCGCUGUAACGCUAAUGCUGGUGUUUGCUUUUG